AUGACAAUGAUACUGGGUUACUGGGAUACUCGUGGGCUUGGCCAGCACAUCCGCCUCCUGCUGGAGUACACCGGGGACAAGUAUGAGGAAAAGCAAUACGUCUGUGGGGAAGCUCCCGACUACGACAAGAGCCAAUGGACUGACGUUAAAUUCAAACUUGGAAUGGACUUUCCCAACCUACCCUACUUGGUCGAUGGAAACAGGAAAAUACCGCAGAGCAAUGCUAUCAUGAGAUACAUUGCUCGUAAGCACAACAUGUGUGGAGAGACUGAGGAUGAAAAGAUCCGAGAGGACGUCCUGGAGAAUCAGGCCAUGGACCUCAGGCUUGCCUUUAUUAAGCUGACCUACUUAAACAUUGUGCGUGAUCAGAAGCCAGAGUACCUGAAGAAUCUGCAGUGUACACUGAAGCAGUUCUCGGAUUUCCUCGGAGGAAGAAAGUGGUUUGUUGGUGACAAGAUCACUUUUGUGGACUUCAUUAUGUACGAGCUGUUGGAUGAACACAGGGCCCUCGAGCCUAAAUGCCUGGAGAACUUCAAGAACCUCAAUGAUCUGAUGAAACGUUUUGAGGCUCUGGAGAGGAUUGCUGCCUACAUGAAGUCACCAAGAUUCAUGAAGGGUCCAAUAAACAACAGGAUGGCCCAGUGGGGAAAGUAACAAGGG